AUGACGAUCUUGUCGCGUUUCAACAAGAAGAAGACAAUCGAGGACGAAGUCCACGAGAAGGGAACACCAAAUACCGGUACUCCUUUGGACACACCUGCUAGGGGCAACUCCGAUGUUGUGCAAGCCGCAGACCUCGAGCCCAAGGGCCGAGUACCUGCCGUUGCUAUCAUUCUCGGUGCCGUUGCCAGUAUUGGUGGCUUCAUGUUCGGAUACGAGUCCGGACAAAUCUCUGGUUUCCUCGAAAUGAACGACUUCAAGCAACGCUUCGGUGACAAUGGCGAGUUUUCCGCUGUUCGCUCUGGUGCUAUUGUCGGUUUGCUAGCCGUCGGUACUCUCUUCGGAUGCUUGGGCUCGGCCCCUCUGGCUGACACCUUUGGUCGUCGUCUCACUAUCUCCGGUUCCGCCUUCUUCUACAUCACUGGUGUAAUCAUCGAAAUUACGAGCAAGAACGUUUGGGUUCAGUUCGCCAUGGGUCGCUUCACUGCCGGUCUCGGUAUCGGAGCCCUUUCCACUGUCGUACCCAUGUACCAAUCAGAGUCGAUUCCUAAGCGCAUUCGUGGUGCCACCGUCUCCUCGUACCAAUUGUUUAUCACACUCGGUAUCUGGACUGCAUACAUGGUCAACUAUGGCACAGAGAAGGAUUACACCGACAGUGCUCAAUGGCGAAUUCCCAACGGCCUUUCCGCACUCUGGGCCAUCAUUCUUGGUAGCACUAUCCUGCUUCUCCCUGAGUCUCCCCGUUAUGCAUACCGCAAGGGCAAGGUCGACGAGGCUCGCGCGAACAUGGCCCGUCUCAACGGUGUAGACCCCCACAGUGCUUUCAUCGACGCUGAGAUUGCUGAGAUUCAGGAGAAGCUCGAGGCUGAGUCCGCUGGUGGUGACCACCCAUGGCAUGAGAUCUUCACUGGUCCCCGUAUGUUGUACCGUACCCUGCUCGGUAUGGUCCUCCAGGCUGGUCAGCAGUUGACUGGUGCCAACUACUUCUUCUACUACGGCACAACCAUUUUCUCCGCCACUGGUCUCGAGAACUCCUACGUCACUUCCAUCAUCCUGGGUACCGUCAACGUCGUCGCCACCAUCUUCGGUCUCUGGGUCGUUGAGAACGUCGGUCGCCGUAAGGCAAUGAUGGUUGGUGCUGCAUGGAUGGCCAUGUGCCUGUUCAUCUACUCCUUCGUCGGCCAGUACAGUCUCUCCCGCGACGCUCCUCAGACCACACCCGCAGCCGGAAACGUCAUGAUCGUCUUCACUUGCCUGUUCAUCGCCGCAUUCGCCACUACCUGGGGUCCCCUCGUCUGGGCCAUUGUCGGAGAAUUGUACCCUGCCCGUUACCGCGCUACCUGCAUGGGUCUCGCUACCGCGUCCAACUGGUUGUUCAACUUCAUCAUCUCCUUCUGCUCUACCCUCAUUACCGACAGGAUUCACUACUUCUACGGUCUUGUCUUUGCCGUCUCCCUCGUUCUGCUCUUCUUCAUCGUCUACUUCUUCAUGAUUGAGACCAAGGGCCGUUCGCUCGAGGAAAUCGACACCAUGUACAUGAUCCACGUCAACCCCAUCACCAGCUCCAAGUGGGACCCGUCGAGUCUCCAGAAGGAUGGCCUGGUCGACACCGACAGGCUGCACAUGGGUGCAGGUGGUCGCACUUUCAGCAAGGCUGAGCAGGCUGGUACCCACGGCGGUAUCUUGGAGCCGGCGGAGCGCAACGAGAACCAAGUCUAG